AUGAAGCUUUCCAUCCUUACACUUUCCACACUCCUUUAUGCCACUGCUGUCCUUGGUCGCCCUCUUGUGAAGCGUGCAGGCGCCGAUGAUUGGAGGUCGCGUUCCAUCUAUCAACUAUUGACCGAUCGCUUUGCUGGUGGUGGUGAUUGCUCUGAUUUAUCUGAUUAUUGUGGUGGCAAUUAUCAAGACAUGAUUGAUCAUCUUGAUUAUAUCCAAGGAAUGGGAUUUGAUGCCAUCUGGAUUUCGCCCAUCCCAACCAAUUCCCCUGGUGGUUACCAUGGCUACUGGGCAACUGAUUUUAAUGGCCUGAAUGAAAAUUUUGGAUCCAAGGAAGACCUCAAGGCAUUGGUAGAUGCAGCCCAUAAGCUCGAUAUGUAUGUCAUGCUGGAUGUCGUGGCCAAUCAUGCUGGUCAACCAAGCACGGCAGGUGAUUACUCUGGCUACACAUUCGAUUCGGCCGAUCAAUAUCAUUCCCAAUGCAAAAUCGAUUACGACGAUCAAAACUCUAUUGAGCAAUGUUGGGUGGCAGACGUAUUGCCUGAUAUUAAUACGGAGGAUGAUAACGUGGUCAAGGCGCUCAAUGACAUUGUCAAGAAUUGGGUGACCACAUACGGCUUUGAUGGCAUCCGCAUUGACACCGUAAAGCAUGUGCGUCAAGAUUUUUGGGAUGGAUACAAUGAAGCAGCUGGUGUAUUUGCCACAGGAGAAGUCUUUGAUGGUGAUUCUUCGUACGUUGGUGCAUAUCAAAAGCAUUUGGAUUCGCUUCUCAAUUACCCAAUGUACUAUGCGCUCAACGAUGUCUUUGGUUCUGGAAAGGGCUUUAGCCGCAUCAGCGAGAUGAUUGCUGCCAAUGCAGAUGCAUUUACUGAUACCAGUGUCCUUACCAACUUUAUUGAUAACCACGACAAUCCCCGUUUCCUUAAUACCAACAAGGACACCUCGCUCUUUAAGAACGCAUUGACCUACGUGUUGCUCGCUGAUGGUAUUCCAGUAGUGUAUUAUGGAUCUGAACAAGGCUUUUCAGGUGGUGCUGAUCCUGCCAACCGUGAAGCAUUAUGGACAACUGAUUUUGACACCUCAUCGGAUCUAUACAAGUUUAUGGCCACAGUCAACAAAGAUGUCCGUCAAAAGGAGAACAAAAAGGUGGUGAUGGAUGUGGAUGUACAAGACAACGUGUAUGCAUUCAUGCAUGGCAAUGCUCUCGUGGUAUUGAAUAACUACGGAAGUGGAGCUAGCAACGAGGUCACUGUCAAAGUUGGUUCUCAUGUUGCUGAUGAUGCCAAUAUGAGCGAUGUCUUUAGCAACACCACGGUUUCGGUAUCCGGUGGUUCUUUCACUUUCAAGCUUGACAAUGGAAAUCCUGCUAUCUUUACCACUGCUUCUUAA